CUCUUUUGUGCUAUUCGUGUUCUUAUGUAAGUGGGGGUUUAGGUUUUAGUAUUUUCUUGUUGACCAAACAAGAUGGGUGUAGUUUUCAAUUUGAUUUUCUUAUAUGUUAUGGGUUCAGUUUCACCUUCCUAUGGGUAUGAUCCAUUGGAUCCCAAGGGCAGCAUAACAGUGAAGUGGGAUCUGUUGCAGUCUACUGUUGGUACAGAUGAUGUAAGGGUGUCAAUAGUGAACAAUCAGCUAUACCGACACAUAGAAAAGCCAGGAUGGAGACUGAAUUGGGCAUGGAAAGGUAAAGAAGUGAUAUGGGGAAUGUGGGGAGCAGAGGCAACUGAACAAGGAGAUUGCUCAGCAUUCAAAGGAGGACAAGUCCCUCAUUGCUGCGAGAGAAAACCAGUCAUUGUUGAUCUUCUUCCUGGAGCUCCUUACAACAUUCAGACUUCUAAUUGCUGCAAGGCAGGUGUCUUGUCUUCAAUUACACAAGAUUCUUCCAAUUAUUUAGCCACUUUCAGUAUGAACAUUGGUGGAGCUGCUGUUAACUAUUCUGAUCUUCAAAUGCCUGAAAAUUUCACUCUUGGCCUACCCGGUUAUUCCUGUGCCCCAGCAGUUGAAGUUCAACCUACUCGAUUCACCACAGAUGGAGGCCGUAGAUGGACACAAGCUCUCAGGACAUGGAAUGUGACUUGUAUGUACUCUCAGUUUCUAUCUUCGCCGGCCCCAACAUGCUGCGUUUCACUAUCAACAUUUUAUAACAGCACAGUUGUUCCAUGCACCAAGUGCAGCUGCAAUUGCCAAGGACUACCUGGGUCCAAAUGCCUCGAAUAUGGGGAAAAUCCAAUCAUUUUACAAGAACAAGAAGAAUCUAAUACACUGGUGCAAUGCUCGCAGCAUAUGUGCCCAAUUCGGGUUCAUUGGCACGUAAAAGAAAGUUAUAGAGAGUAUUGGCGGGUUAAAAUAACAGUAACCAAUCUUAAUAUCAUCAGAAAUUAUUCACAAUGGAACCUGGUGGUGAUGCAUCCAAAUUUACAGAGUGUCACUCAAGUUUUCAGCUUCAACUACCAGCCACUUAACCAGUACUCUUAUAUCAAUGAUACAGGGAUGUUUUGGGGAAUUAAGUACUACAACGAGAUGCUGCUGCAAGCAGGGGAAAAUGGGAAUGUGCAAACAGAAAUUUUACUUGGCAAAGACCCAGAGAUUUUUACGUUCAGAGAGGGAUGGGUUUUCCCAAGAAGAAUUCUGUUCAAUGGUGAUGAGUGCGUGAUGCCUUCUCCAGAUAAUUACCCCACCUUACCAAACGCUAAAGCUUUGCAAAUUGAGACUCCAGGUCUCUGCUGUUACUACGAUGGUGGCUUGAUGAUGGUCGCUGUGGCUGCGUCUGUAAUUGCCGUUGCUGCUGCUGCUGCUGCUGAUACAAGGCUCUUAACCUUCCAAUCUCCCUCUCCAAUACCUCCUGCUCCACUGAACAUCACACUUACACAAUCAAAUACAGUUAUGAAAAUAGUGCCUUUCAACCAGGUCUACCAUGGGAAGAAGAAGAAUGAGACAUAA